CAAAAGAAAAUAUUUACAAAAAGAUAAAUGCAGAGAAAGAUGCGGAGAACACACCAAGCGCACAAUAACAAAAACAAUCUAACCUCUUCGAACAAGUCAUUAAUUUCCUCAAUACUUCUUGUGCUGUUGGAAACCUCCUCCCACAAUUCCUGUUUCCUCGAACAUCAACAACACCGCUACACUGAGCAACAUCAAACUCACAUUCAGGAGAUUAAAAGGACUUCAAUUUGGGACAAAAGAGUGAAAGACAAAUCUUCCAUCAUGAAAUAUAAGAAAGGAAGGAUGGUGGAGGUGUUGACCAAAGACAACUUUUGUCACCAUUCUUGGCGUUGUGCCAAGAUACUUUCCAAAAAUAGCCACAAUUAUACUGUCACUUAUGAUAUCUACCCUGGUUUUACCAACAAAGAAGACAUAGAACAAAUAUCCAUGGAAUCAAUUCGACCUUAUCCACCUUUAUUAAAAAUCCCAGAAUCUUGGGUUCCUGGUGAUGUAGUUGAAGUCUUUCACAAUCUUUCAUGGAAGAUGGCAAUUGUUUUGAAGGCUUUUAAUUGGGAUCAGUUUGUAGUCAGAUUAGUUGGAUCUUCUCAUGAACUCAAAGUAACCAAAUCAGAACUCCGUGUGCCACAAUCUUUUCAAAAUGGUGAAUGGAUUGUUAUUGACAAGUUCAAGACAUUAAUAAACUUGAAUUCUUGUAAAGAUAAGGUUUUGAAGUACAAAGAAGAUGUUAUGAGUAAUGAUAGUGUCAUGAGUUCUAGUGAUAGUUGUAGCAUUAAUAGCUAUAAUGGGUCUGAUUGUUUUGAAGAUAUUGAAUGGCGUGAUAGUGAUGCAGAGUCUGUUUGUGAAAUGGAAUAUGAUGAUGAUGAUGAUGAUGAUGAUGGGUGUGUGUCAUUGGAGGAUGAAAUCCAUAGACUUGAGUUAAAUGCAUAUCGAUGCACAAUGGAGGCAUUACAUGCAUCGGGACCUUUAACAUGGGAAAAAGAAACAAUGGGCCAAAGUACUGGCUUGAACAUCUUUUCUAGUGAAAGCAGGGAUCAUAUGACAUAUGCAGAAUUAUAUCUGAGAAUACAUAUCAUGUUUGUUACGUGGGACAAGGCAAAGACAAAACAGAUUGUACUAUGUUACUAGAUUGAUGUGAGUAUUUCAUAUUUAACCCAAAAAGGUGGGAUAGGCUUUGCCCUGGAUCUCUCGUAUUUGCAAAAGAUGUGAAUGUCUUCAACAUGCUCAUCAUCAAACAUAUCCACAAACGUAGCCAUAACAAUGAUUGGAAUUGAUGCAUUUUCGAUUUUGAACAUUAAAUGAAACCUUGCAAAUCUUUUGGUAGAUAAGGGGUUAGGGGUGGAUCAAAGGGUGUCAAAGGCAUGUAGUUCACACCUAAAAAAAAAAAAACUAUUUUGGUUUUUGUAGUGUAAAAUAAAGAGUGAAUUGCAUUGGUAAUCUUGAUUUUGUUUUUUGAAAUAAUAAUAGGGCAUACCUAGGGUAACACUUUACAUAUUUGACGAUAUAAGUUAUUGAUUGAGGUUUAAAAAACGUUUGAGAAAAAGAUGAUGUGGUCAGAAAAAAUAAAAAGGAGGUAUUUGUAAGGGCAUAUUAAUCUUUCGGUCUCUCGUGCAUGUGUCAAACGCAUGUUUAGUCCAUAUUUUCAAAAGUUAACUCGGACCGUUCCUGUGUUAGUUUUUUCAAAUCCUAGGCAACGAUUUUAAACCCUAAGCGGCGGCGGUGAUGGUGUUCGUGAAAGCUAGACCUGGCAUAUGUUCUAGGUUGAAGGUGGUCGAUCGAAAAAAGUUAUGCUUGAUUGUUGGUGGUUGAAAGCGCUACAAUAUGUGUGUAUGUGGAGGCUAUUAGUUUCCGGCAAGGUGGAGGGCAUCUUGGAUCUGAGACGAAGGAAUAUCAGAUGAUCAAAGAAGAAGGGGUAUCUGAUUGGAGAAUGGGGAGGAGGAGAUUGAGCUUUCGGUUCUGAACAAUGAAAAUGUUGGUGAAUGGUGCUCCGACGAUGGUGGUCGACAGUUCUCCUGCGAUGGUGGUGGUCGGUGGUCUCAUGGUGGAAAAGCAGUGGUGGUGUUAGUAUUUUUUUUGUAGGGUUAGGUUUUGUUGUUCAUAAUGAGAGAACCGAUGAAUAAGGGUAUGAACCAUUUUUCUAAAUAUAAUUACUAACAAUAAAUAAUUGGAAAAUAAAUUAACAAAAGCAUUAUCGUCA